AUGGAUCCGCUUCUUUUCACCACUCCUGCUAAAAUUCGUGUGCUUCUUGUUCCAGUUCAUCCAAUUAAAGCACAAGUGUUUCAUAAACAUGUCGAAUUAGUUAGAAAAUUUAAUGUAGUCAAACUUGGUGAUGUUACUCCUGACAUGCGUAGUGUUCAAUCAAUGUUUAGCUCACAACUUUUUCAUGAAGGACAACUGCAUUUUAAUUUUGUGACUUCUUACGAGCCGGAACAUUCAUACCUUGAAGAAUUUCAAAUGCAUCGAAGAAUUUUUGGGGUAAUUGGGAUAAUGGAUUGUCGUGAAUGGCAGAGUUUGCCAGAUGGAUAUAAGAAAUUUUGUGAAAUACUAAAAAAUUAUCCAACAGCUAUUGCACAUAGAUGUUUUGCAUUUGAUCCUUUUGAUCAUCAACCAGAUGAUACUAAGGGACUAAUUAUGUUUCCUGAUGUUGGAAAUAUGACUUUUUAUAUGACUACCAUGAUUUCAGAUUUUGCAAAUAAUAUUCUCACAGAAUUCGGUACUUUGGCAUCAGCUAUUGAAUCAAAAAAUGUUAUUCAUUCUCCAAAAAUUCCAACAGAAAAUUCAAAUCCAUCACAAAACGGAAAUAGCACAGUAAACGGUCAUGGCAAGUUUUCUUCACCAUCACACUCAUUUUCUUCACCAGAAUUGAAUGUACCAACGAUACCUUCUCUACUAACUCUAACACCACCUUCCCAAGCAAUGACAACAGCUGGAAUGGGUGGGACGUCUGUUGGUGCUAAUCCUAGUAAUCCGUUUCAUGGCAGGUCAUUUUCCUCAUCAAAUCUUGUCAGUUUUGCAACUCAAGCUGCUAAUGCAACUAGCACUGUUACUGACAUGAAACUUAAAAGAAGAUCUCAAGGAAGAAUUCAGAAAUUGAUUGCCGAUUUGUAUUUAAUGGCUGGAAGAUUACCAGAUGCUGUUUCAAAUUAUUCUCUUGCAAUUGAUACAACAAAGGCAAAUGGUGAUUAUUUAUGGCAUGGCUCAGCAUUAGAAGGGUUGUGUGUUGGGUUGAUUCUUUCUGCAUAUUUGCAUUCAGAUGUUGGGUCACAUCUUAUUCAAUCUCCACCUUCUCCAAGUCAAACCGCACCUACAAUUUCUCCAACUCCCAACGCCUCCCCUGCGACUGGUGCUCCUCCUGUUACCGAACCACCAAAAGAUUUAUGGGCGCACAUAACUGACAAAUACGUUACAGUGCUUACUUUGUAUGCAAAAACUUCUAGUUCUAACAAUAAUCAAGUUCCUCCAUUAAUUUAUGCCGAAGCAUGUUUAAAAGUCGCUAAAAUGUUGUCCUGUAUUUGGGUGGUUGGUGGUUGGGGCGAUGAAGCAUUGAGGUUGAUUGUUCACGGAGGUGUUCCAGAACCUCAAUUAAGUGAAAAAUGGGGAUUAAGUAUUGUUAGUGGUAUUUCAAAGAUUGAAAUUACUCAAUGGGCUGUGAAAGGUUAUGGGUCUUAUGUUGAAGAUAUGUCUAUUACUGAACAGAUUUAUAUUGCUACCAAUUUAUCAGCCAUUUUUUCAAUAAUAAAUUUUCGUCGGAAACACGCAUUUUUCCUUCGACAAACAUCCUUAUUGAUUUUACCACUUCUUAAACAACGUAUUGGCGCACCGAAUAAAUCACCGUUUUCUAAUGAAGCUGGUUUAUUGAUAUGUUUAAAAAAAGUAGCCGAAGUAUUUGGAGUAGGAGAUUCGAUUGAUCAUGUUGAUUAUUCGAAUGUAGUAGAAGAUGCAAGACCUCUUUCAUUUGGAUGGCCAGAUAUUCAAAUUGAUGUGUUGAAAGAUGCAAUCUCUGUAACAGAAGCUCUUCCAGAUUAUAAUUCUAUGAUGAAAUAUACAACAAGAUUAUUGCGAAAACUUUUCAUGUAUUUAUCGAGAGAUGAACAACUUCGUUUGUCAGGUUUAUUACCACGAAUUGUUAGUGCUGGCAAAAAGCAGGGAUUACCAAUGGAAUUUAAAUAUUGGGGAUUGAAUAUUGUAAAGGGUAUCCAAGUGUGUCAACCUACUACUAGAAGGAUACCUUAUCCACAUCCUGGGAAAAAAAGAUUACCAAAAAAUGAAGAUCUCGAAUCGAAAGAUAAUUCAAGUCCGUUUAUAUAUCAAUCUUUCAAUAAAAAGAAAGAAGAAGCCGUCCAGACACACUUAGUUGCAAAUGAAACAGCAUAUUUUCUAGUCACCUUGGCAAAUCCAUUUGCAUUUGAUUUAGAAAUUCAAAGUAUAACUGUUAGUACUGACGGAGUAGCAUUUAAACCAAAUCCAAUGUCGACAACAGUAACAGCUAAUACAUCAGUAACUUUACGUGUUUCUGGUACACCUACAGAACCUGGUGAUUUGGUUGUUAGAGGAUGUAAAGUUAAAGUUCAUGGUUGUUUGGAGCAGGAAUUUUGUGUAUAUUUACCUAGAAAUGAGGAAGAAACCAGAAAAAAGGAAAGAGAGGAAGAACAUAAAAAGUCAAAAGCUUCGACAGUUGAUGGGGUCGACCUUUUAGCAGAUUUCUUAAAAGUUGUUGUUAUAAUGGAACAGCCAUUGGUUAAAAUUAAAUCUACAUCUUUGAUGCACGGAGCUGUGAUGCUUUUUGAGGGAGAAAAAACUGAAAUGACAAUGAAAUUAGAAAAUGUUGGUAAAACACCGGUAGAUUAUAUUAGUAUAUCAUUUCAUGAUUCAACUAUUGCUGAUGCACAGGCAAUUUUGAAUUCAUCGGAUAUUCCAGCAGAAGAGGCAUAUGAAAUGGAAUUAUAUGCUCAUAAACAACCAGUAUUUUUCUGGGAACAAACAGACAAAGAAUUAAACAUCUCACCGGGAAAUGAGUGGAUUCUUAAUCUUAAUGUGUUUGGAAAACGUGGAUGCAUUAAUGGCACAAUACAAAUAGAUUAUGGGUAUCUUAAUAGAUUAAAUUCAUCAUGCGAUGAAGUUUUUUAUACUAGACAAGUUUAUUAUCAAGUUUUAUUAACAAUUCACCAGAAUCUUGAAUCAGUUUCAAUGGACAUUUUAAGUUUCAAGCCAUUAAAUAUUCCACCAAUUGAUUCUUCAAAAAAUUUAAUGAUAUCAUCGCCAUCAAAUAGCAAUGAUCAAAUUGUUAAUGGCACAAUAACAACAUCAGUUGCAAGUGGAGAAGAUCAAAGGAAUAAAAGAGUUGAAGAGUUAAUAAAAAAUAUAAAAUGGAAAAAUGUGGCGGUAGAUAAUUUUUUGGAAAGGAUGGAAAAUGAAUAUUGUCUAUUAACAUUUGAUAUAAGAAAUGUUUGGCAUACAGCAUUUGAUGUAACAAUUGACAGUGAAAAUUUAUCUGUCUCAACUACUAUUCAACCAGCAGCCACAGGAAGGAUUGUAAUACCUAUUAAGAAAAUCUUAUUAUCAGAAAAAGAAUAUACACAACAAAUACCUUCAUUAUUUGAAAAGCAAUUUGUCGUAUCAAAAGGACCAAAAAAUAGUGUAGAACAAGAAAAGUUACAAUUAGCAUUAUUUUGGUACAGAGAAAAAUUAUUACAAAAACUUUUAACUAAUCAAAGAGGAACUGUUGAUAUAAGAUCACUAAGACUUAAUAAAUCAAUGUUAAAUGUAUUAAAAAUAAAUGAAAUUUCAUACGGAAUUGACAUUGUAAAUUCUUCAAAAGUUAUAAAAUUAUCACCAAGCCAGUUUAAAUAUAAACCAUGUAAAUUAUGUAUAAGAAUUCAACCUGUACAAAGUUAUACUGAUGGAGUGAUGGAAUGGGAUUUAUCUAGAAGAAUGGUAUGGAAUGGAUUAUUACAAACACCAUUACCAAAGAAUAAUUGA